AUGUCAUUCACAGAUACAGAUCUUUCCAGUUUCUUGGAACUGCCCACGGAAGUUAGACUUCAAAUCUGGCGGGACGCGGCGGAGGUAGCUCUCAACCCUCGUAGGGCCAUCGUCCAGGAUACCGCGGUGCUGCCCAGAGAUAUCCCAGUUCUCGAUAUCAAUCAGGAAGCUCGUGAAGAAGUCCUCUUUCGAACAGAUCUGAAACGUUUCCGUCGUCCAACUUUGGAUGACCAGGGUGCAAAUGAUUCUCCUCCCUCCUGGGAUUGGUUCAGCAUGGAAAAGGAUAUUUUCGUCAUUGGAGUCAGCCUUCGCAUUCCAGAAAGACUUUAUAAUAAUGAAGCUCUCAGAAAUGCAAUCCAAACCAUUGCGAUCCCGUCACAUUUCCUGCAGUAUCCCUAUAGACACCAUCGGCCAUUACGAGACGCGCAAUUGCAUCAAAUUUUUAACUACCAAGCAUUAAAAACUGUGGUACUCCUCCGGAACGACAAGGCGCAAGAAAAAAUAACUUACAAAAACCUCGUCCAGUUUACUCGCCAUCACCCCAACACUGGUGAUUUGAGAAUUGCGAUUGAUUCUGAGCCAAUGUCAGAACUAGAACUGGCUGAAGCGGUACAGAGUGAGUCAUUAUUUGAUACAUUCCCGGGGCCCUUGCCUGAGUUCAGAUGGGGAUGCUUGGUUCGACAUUGA